AUGGGUCUCGGCGUCGGUUUGCCCAAGCGCUUCAUCAGGCUCGCAGUCUAUGUGAUUGCCUUGGUGGUGAGCUUGUUGGUGCUUACGGGAAGCUUGCGUUCCGCGUUCCCUUCCUCAGCGACCAAUGUGCAAAGAUUGAUAUCAAAGAAGCUGGGACUGGAGCAUGAGGGACAAGUAAUCAUUGGCGUCGGAUUCAAAGAGUGUUGGAAAUCGAGCAGUAAAUGUGGACCAGACCCCGGAUGGGACCGUGCUAACGAUAUCGGGCUUGCAUCGGCAUCGGAUUCUUGGAAGAUGAUACCCAAAGACUUGUAUUUGGGUCGCAAAUGGCUAACGAAGCUUCACAUUUUCUAUCGCAGUAUUCCAGCCGAGGAAAUUCUUGGUGAGUCUGAUGUGGUGGUGGAUAUAGCGAUUGGAAACCCCAAAGUGGACACGGCCAUUCCAGAGAACAAACAGGGUUAUCCCAUUUCACUGCUGAGGGAUAUGAACUCGAAAGCCACUUCGCCAAUUCUAAAAGUGCCCGAUCCCGAGGAUGUUGUUAAUGCUGGAUGGGUCAGGUAUGACCACGGGCUGUGGGUCAAGUUUGGCAAGUAUGAGUCCCACACUGCGCUCACAGGGCUGAACGUGCUCUUUGGCAGAGACUGCGAAGACCCCAGAUUGGGUUGGGACGUCGUUUUGGAGUCACUUGCUAUUGAGGGAACGGGUACAGGCGGUAAGACAGACACUAUUGCGAGAAGCAGAGAGGACGAUAAGGAAGUUUAUCUCUCCUACAAGAGAGAGCCUGUGAAGAACCCGACAAUGAAUCUCAACUACAGGGAAGAUGGUUCGUUCAAAAUCCUGCAAGUUGCUGAUUUGCACUUUUCGACCGGUUAUGGACAUUGUCGUGACACGUUUCCUAAAUUGCCAGCAGACGCGGGUGAGUGCUUUGCAGAUGUGCGCACAACGGCGUUUGUUGAUUCCGUUUUGGACAUCGAGAAACCCGACCUUGUGGUACUCACAGGAGACCAGGUGUUUGGAGACGAAGCUCCAGAUGCAGAAACAGCGAUAUUGAAGGCGCUGAACCCAUUCAUACGAAGAAAGAUCCCAUAUGCCUUGAUUUUCGGCAACCAUGACGACGAAGGAUCGCUCUCGCGGAAGCAGCUCAUGGACCUGGCGGUCACCUUGCCUUAUUGCAUGUCUUCCUCCGGACCCGAAGACGUAACAGGAGUGGGCAACUACGUGCUAACAAUUGCUCCUCCCAAUGGAAAUAAGGCCCAUGCUGCCGCCUCAUUGUACUUCCUCGACACACAUAAGUACUCGCUGAAUCCCAAAACUAAUCCCGGCUAUGAUUGGCUGAAGGAGGAUCAACUGAAGUUUGUGGAGAGUGAAUACUCCAGACUAAAACCUCAAAGAGACGCUUAUACACUCAGACAUAUGGCCAUGGCGUUCAUUCAUAUCCCCUUGCCCGAGUACAGAGAUGUGAAUAUAGACGACCAGGCAAGACCCUUGGUUGGAAACCUCAAGGAGGGUAUUACUGCCCCGAAAUAUAACAGCGGUAUGAGAAGUGUGUUCGGAAAGAUCGGUGUUUCGGUAGUCACUGCUGGUCAUGACCAUUGCAAUGACUACUGUCUGAUGCAUUCUGAAACGACGGACGAUCAAGAGAACAGCGUGUGGCUGUGUUAUGGCGGAGCAGCAGGUGAAGGUGGAUAUGCUGGAUACGGUGGAACAACAAGGAGAAUCCGCACUUUUGAAUUGAAAUCUCAGUCUGGCGAGAUCAAGACGUGGAAACGGCUUGAGACCGAUCCUGACACGAAAUUCGAUUCUCAGAAAGUGUUGAACAUGGGAAAUGUGGUUUAUCAGAUAUAG